AUGGGUAGAAAAGAAGAAACCUCGGCUUGGACUGACUCAGUCGUGUCAACUCGAAAGAACUCAGAAGAUUGGCAGCCGCUGUCACGGAACUCUGUUGUCCCCGGCCGCUUGAGCGUCAAGCUGGACACUCGACAUGCCAGUGUUGAUCACGGCCGACACAGUUACAGCAGGUCCAUCACCCCGGCCGUUGAAAAGGGUCACGACCCAUUCCGAGACAGCGACGAUGACGAGAUAGACGAGCAAAAACAGCAUCAUCAUGAUAUGUUCGACCCGAACCGACCCAAGAUGGCUCUAAAGGAUAGGCUGCAUCACUUCACGUUCGCCUGGUUCACACUGCCGAUGUCAAGUGGAGGGCUGUCCUUGCUUAUCUUUGCUCAGCCACAUCAAUUUCCAGGGCUGAGAGAGAUAGGCUUGGCAGUUUAUAUCAUUAAUAUCCUCUUGGUCGUCGCCAUUUGCUCGGCAAUGUUGCUUCGUUUCUUCUUCAACCCAGGCGACAUGUCAAAGUCCAUUACCCACGAACGAGAGGGCUUCUUCUUCCCAACGUUCUUUUUAACUAUUGCAACUCUUAUAACCAGUACCCAGCGAUAUGCUAUCCCUGAUAACGACGAGACGUUGGCGUGGGCUAUCCAAGUGGCGUACUGGGGAUAUGUUGUCUUGACCGUUUUGCUGGCUGUUGGCCAGUACAGCUAUGUCUUUGCUGCUCAUAACUUUGGUCUACAGACUAUGAUGCCGACUUGGAUUUUACCUAGCAAGUAG